AUGUUCGCCAUCCAACCCGCCCAGAACUCUUCCAACGAGACAUCAACCGAUAAAUUCACUCCGAACAUUCUGCCCUGUCGCAUCCACCACGAUGGCCCCGUUGAUACGCUAGGUCGCUACUGGAAGCCUACCACUGAUGAGAAAGAUCAGAACCUGCAGACAGCCUACUUCCGCGGCCGCAAGCUAAGGGGUCGCCGAGUCGCAAUCCCUGAAGGCUACGAGGGUGUCAUUGCAACCCCCACAGACCGUACGAUGCCUGCUACCCGUACGAGCGCCGACGUCGAGGUCGAGGAAGUCACACCAGAAGAGCCCGUGAAGAUCCUUGAGAAGCAAGGCACCUUUGACGAAUAUGUGGUUUGGGGACAUGAGUUUGUGCCUGCGGCAGAUGAGACUUUCGUUAAGGGAGUGGAGGAGUGGAUUAAGCUGGCUGAAGUGAUGCAUACCACUCCUGACAGUCAAAAGCAAUCGUCUACUUGA